UACCUCACGAGCAGGGAGGAGGCUGCCGGGAUAGCGGAGGACCUUCCCUCGGCCUCGCUCCAGUCCUCCAGCUCCCCUUGCUGCCCGGCGGCCCCGGGAAGCCCGGCUCCCGGCCCAGCCGCGGCGGGAACUGUCCCCCUCCCUCCCUCCCUCCCCCCGCCCGCCGGGCCCGCUUCUCUGAGGAGCCUCGCCCAGGCCCAUGGCUCCAUGAGGCGGGAGAAGGAGGAGGCGGCGGCGGGGCAGCGGCGGCGGCGGCUGGGCUGAGGCGGAGGAGAAGCCGCGUCCGGCCCGGGACGGGUGCAGGAGGGUUCUGCAGUGUUCCAGGCAGCGAGUUUUGAAGCAGGAUGGGAAAAAGACGCUGUGUUCCUCCACUUGAGCCCAAGCUGGCAGCUGGCUGUUGUGGGGUAAAGAAGCCCAAAUUGUCUGGGAGUGGAACGCACAGUCAUGGGAAUCAGGCCACAACUGUACCAGGCUCCAGUUCAGGUCCUCUUCAGAACCACCAGCAUACAGACGGGAAUAAUGGAAGGGAGAACGUAUCUGACUUGACUUUGGGCCCAGGAAAUUCCCCAAUUACUCGAAUGAAUCCCACUUCAGGAGCUCUGAGCCCACUUACUCGGCCCAAUGGAACUGCCAACAGCACCAAGAACCUGGUGGUGACAGCGGAGAUGUGCUGCUACUGCUUUGAUGUACUCUACUGUCAUCUCUAUGGUUUCCCUCAGCCACGACUUCCUCGAUUUACCAAUGACCCCUAUCCACUCUUUGUGACGUGGAAGACGGGGCGAGACAAGCGGCUUCGUGGCUGCAUUGGGACCUUUUCAGCCAUGAAUCUUCACUCAGGACUCAGGGAAUAUACAUUAACCAGUGCACUUAAGGAUAGCCGAUUUCCCCCCCUGACCCGCGAGGAGCUGCCCAAACUCUUCUGCUCUGUCUCCCUCCUCACUAACUUUGAGGAUGCCAGUGACUACCUGGACUGGGAGGUUGGGAUCCAUGGGAUCAGAAUAGAAUUCAUCAAUGAGAAAGGUGUCAAACGCACAGCCACGUAUUUACCUGAGGUUGCUAAGGAACAAGACUGGGAUCAGAUCCAGACCAUAGACUCCUUACUCAGGAAAGGUGGCUUUAAGGCUCCGAUUACCAAUGAUUUUAGGAAAACGAUUAAACUCACCAGGUACCGCAGUGAGAAGGUGACAAUCAGUUAUGCAGAAUACAUGGCUUCCCGUCAACAUUGUUUCCAGAAUGGCACUCUUCAUGCCCCUCCCCUCUACAAUCAUUACUCCUGACACACGGCUGCAUGACCAGUCCCACUCCCCAGUUGCUGCCAACGGCUAUGACAUCAUUGGGGCAGAUGCCUCCUCUUCCUGGUCCAGUUACUUCUACUACUGCACCAUUUUAUGAUGCUAGCUUCCGUUGCCAAGUCUGCCUUCCAGCUGACCUGGGGGGAGGAUGAGAGCAUGACAGAACUUCAGGGGCCCAAGCCUUAUCUCAGCCUUUCCUCCAAACGGGGGUUCAGUUGGAUUGGGGCUCCAUGCCUACGAACUGUCGUGAGGUGCAGAAGACCUCUGGGAGUGAAAGUGCCACUUUGGACUGAUCUGUUCUUGUGUGUUACCGACACUCCAGAAACUUGAGUUGUUUGUUAUACAAGCCCCCCAGAUCAAGUAGGAGCAUUCCCCUGGCAGCCUGGGCAACGGAGUCCAACAAAACAUUUUUUAGGUUCUUUUUAAUUUUUUUUUAACCUCUGGUAUCUGUUGUGUACCAAGAGCUGAUUGCAGUCCCCCCACGUCACAGGCGGACAUUAUGAUAUUGGGGAGGGUUGAACAUCUGGAUAGCACCCCAUCCUCACAGACAGAAAACAAAGAUGUGAAAACCUUUGGAUGGUAUUGCAGAUGAAUCCAUUAUUUAAAUAAACCCUAGAAGGCUUUAAUUAUCAGAUCCCACUGUAGGUUGGAUUCUCUAGAAAGCCUUUUGGUUUACAGUUUUCUGGGUCUUUAGACAGAGCUUUGUAAUGUAGCCUGCUAUGAAAUAGAAUGCUGUUAUGCCUGUAAGAGAGCAACAUGGCACAUGCUGUGUAUGUGAAGGACAAGGUACUUGAAUGUCCCUGGACAGUCUUCUCUGUUACGACCAAGUUUUGUGUCCAAACAUUUGUAACUGAGCCCGAUUGGAUUAGGGAUGGGGAGGGAUUUGCAGGGCAUUGACUGUAGUCAUACAAGUGAGACUAGUGACUGAAAUUUCUUUAACUUAAGCUAACAGUCUCGGGGACCUUCCUUUUGAUAGGACAGCCACUUUCUCUGGUGUGACUACUGAUCUUGAGAACUGUGAGUAUAUUCCAGUUUAUAGCAGGCCUAUGGAAUAGAGCUAUGUAGUUUCACUGGUAAGUUAUCUUACACAGUUUAGUCAUUACCACAUUAAGGCAAUGAGUGGGGAAACUAUUACCCAAACUGUGUGAAACUCACAUGCAUUCUGUAUUUCUUCUCCCAUCAUUGAUGAUUACAAGAAAUAAUCUCUUCUAAGAGGAAGACAAGUUAUCCAGUUGUUAUUCUGCAGCAUCAUUGAGGCAUGUCAUAAACUCUAAAUUAUGACAGUCUCUCAAUGAGGUCACUGGACUCCAAAAUAUAAUUGGAGGGGGCGUGGAGGGGGGUGUUUUGUUUUCCAAGUUUCUGGAGAGUCAACAAUGAUCAGGAAAGAAAAUACAGGUGCAUAGCAGAGUAAUGGCUAUUUGGUUGCAUAUAUAUUUAAAGCUUGCUUGUGUGUGGUAAUGACAGCUUUUAAAAUUGGCCAGUGUUUCAAGCCUGAAAUUCUCUCCUGGCAUGGCAGGGAACAGGGCUGGUAGAAAGCUCAGAACUGCACGCUGCUGCUCCUUCUGGUCCUAGAGAAGCAAACAGAAUUGUGCAGUUUUGCUACAUGUUGGUGUAAAGUCUUCCUGCUGGAGGAGAGAGACAUGAGGGAAAGGAGGGUGUCCUAUUCUGGAUAACGGUGCAAUAUCGACCCAGCUUUCCUCCUGUACUGGGUCAUUCUUAUCAAUUGCCACUUUUCCCUUGUGAUGUUGUUGAAAAGCAAUUAAAGAUUAAGGGUUUGUUUCAUGAUUUCCUGCUGCUGAGAAUAAAUUGGUCUUGUUACAAA